AUGGCUAUGACAAACCCUAUGCCGAUGGGACCGUGGAAGAUCACAGUCUACGAUCAGGAGUACUUCCAGGGGAGGCGCAUGGAGUUCACCAACAGCUGUCAGAACAUCAUGGAGUGCGGCAUGGACAACAUCCGCUCCGUAAAGGUGGAGUGUGGGGCCUGGGUGGGCUAUGAGCACUCCAGCUUCUGCGGGCAGCAGUUCGUCCUGGAGAGGGGAGACUACCCCCGCUGGGAGGCAUGGAGUGGCAGCAACGCCUACCACAUUGAAAGGAUGAUGUCAUUCCGGCCCAUCUGCUCUGCUAGCCACAAGGAGAGCAAGAUGGUGCUGUUCGAGGGGGAGAACUUCACGGGUCGCCAGUGGGAGAUCUGCGAUGACUACCCUUCCCUGCAGGCCAUGGGCUGGUGCAACAAUGAGAUUGGUUCCAUGCAGAUCCAGAGCGGAGCCUGGGUGUGCUAUCAGUUCCCUGGGUACCGUGGCUACCAGUACAUCAUGGAGUGUGACUGCCAUGGUGGCGAGUACAAACACUACAGGGAGUGGGGCACCCACGCCCAGACUUUCCAGAUCCAGUCCAUCCGCCGGAUCCAGCACUGAGUGCCACGCCCUCCUCUCCCCCCAGCUCUCCUUCUUCCUCCUCCUCCUCCUCCAUC